AUGAGCCGGAGGAGAUUACUCCUGUCUGCAGUAGUUGCUUUCCAGGCUAUUGAGGCGGGCUCAGGCUGCAGUGGAUCAGAAUGUGGCAGAAAUGUCAAGUACCUGAAGCAGUUCAAUGAGAUGAACGCUCCUAGUGCGGGACGCCAACAUCGCGAUGCCGGGUCCGUUUUGCCUUUCGUUGGGCUCACUGGAAGCGAUAAACAAAGCCGCAACUGUUGCAAAAACGGCGGAACAUGCAUAUUGGGAAGCUUUUGCGCUUGUCCCAAACACUUCUCGGGACGCAGCUGUGAAUAUGAUGAACGUGUAAGGGAUUGCGGCGCUAUUCCACAUGGGGAGUGGGUCCAAAAAGGAUGUUCUUACUGCAGAUGUGGAUACGCAGUCCUGCACUGUUUCCCUAAAAUCUUUAGCGCCGACUGUGAUGACUCCCAGGAAGUUCUGUGGUUUCAUUCACAUGCAGUCAGGAUGUUGUCAACUGAAUUUCUUCUGUGUCUUGCACUCUUCCUAUCACUUCUCCUCUGA